CACAACAUAAAAAAGAAAAAAUUUUGUGCCGAAUUUUAGUUUCAUUUUUACUUGCAUAAGGUUUGAACGUCCUAUGUAAUUAAAAGUUAAGUAAGGAAAAGAGAAAUGUGCAAAAAUAUAUCUUGCCUUAAUUUUUUUUAUAUUUUAUUAUUUUCAAUAUAAAUUUAAUAAUAUACAGACAUGUAUGUACAUAUAUAAAUUUGUCUAUUUGUGUAUAUAUGUAUUCAUAUAGUUAGUGUUUUGCUGAAUGAAAAAACCGUGUUUGUAACUUGUAUAUAAAUUUUGUUUCAAGGUCACUUAACUAAUUAACUAUUCGCGAACGCGUAAUUUGUAAGUUAAUAUAUUUAUGCUUAAGUUGACUCUUGAAAGUAGCCUCUGUUUGACGAUGUGAUAUCAAAAGGAAUAAAAAAUUUAUUAAAUAUUUUGCUUUGUUAUAUUAUUGUCUUUAUUAUAUUGUAACUGCAAAGAAUAUUUUAGAACGUAUUGAAAUAUUACCGUUAACUUCUGGUAUCUGUAUACAAAUAUAUGUUUUGAUUUUCUUUAAUAAUAUUAUCAAAGGCAUCAAUAGAAGUGCGUGAAGCUGGGAAAAGGGCUGUUACACAAUUGCAAAGUACAAAUCCAGAUUUAUUAGAUACAUCAGAUGUUAAAAACCUUUUUGAUCAUAACGAAACAUUCGGAUCUCCCAAUAAAUUACCCAUUAGUACAUUGGGGAAAACAAAAUUUUUGAGCAAUAUGUCUGACAUUAAACCGCUUACAAUAUUACAUUACAAUGAUGUUUACAAUAUAGAAGAAAUUUCGUCAAAGGAACCGGUUGGAGGCGCAGCAAGAUUUUGUACUGCUAUCAAGUCGUUCGAAGAUUUGGAUCCCAUAGUUUUGUUCAGCGGAGAUGCAUUCUUUCCAAGUAUGUUAAGUACUUUUACAUAUGGUGAGCAAAUGGUUCCUGUGUUGAAUGGUGUCGGAACAAGUUGUGCUGUUUUUGGAAAUCAUGAUUUUGAUCAUGGUUUAGAAGUGCUUGAUGGACUAGUAAAAAAAACUAACUUUCCUUGGCUAAUGUCAAAUGUUGUAGAUUUAGAAACUGGAAGACCCCUUGGUGGCGGAAAGAUAACUCAUUUUUUAUAUCAUAGUCAAACAACAAUCGGCUUGAUGGGUCUUGUCGAACAAGAGUGGCUAGAAACAUUGCCAACAAUUGACCCAGCUGAAGUAACAUUUAUUGACUAUGUUGAAGCUGGUAAUAAAUUAGCUGAAGAACUGAGGAAUGAAGGAUGUGAAAUUGUUAUCGCCCUUACACAUAUGAGAACGCAAAAUGAUAUUAAUUUAGCUAAAAAUUGUCCAAAUAUUGAUAUUAUACUUGGCGGUCAUGAUCACAUUUUUGAGUGUCACGACAUUAAUGGCACUAAGAUAAUCAAAUCUGGAACCGAUUUCAGACAAUUCUCUAAAAUAACAGUUAAUAAAUUUCGUGAUGAAAAUGGUAAAGUAAAAGUGCAAGUCGAUCCAAUUAACGUUACUUCAGACUAUGAGGAAGAUGCAACGCUUAAAGAGACAUUAUCAAAAUAUUCAGAGGUAAUAGAAUCAAAAAUGAAUGUCGUCUUGGGAAACUUCUCGGUAGAGCUUGACGGACGAUUUUCUGCCAUUAGAACAGGAGAAACGAAUUUGGGUAACUGGAUUUGUGAUGUCAUAUUAUCUGCAACUGGAGCUGACGUUGUUAUGAUCAAUUCAGGAACAUUUCGUUCUGACCAAAUUCAUCCAAUUGGUCCAUUUACAAUGAAGGAUUUAAUUAAUAUUAUACCAAUGCGCGAUCAUAUGAUUAUGCUAGAAAUAACUGGGAAAUGUUUAUUAGAUGCAUUAGAAAAUUCUGUUUCGGGAUAUCCAAAACUUGAGGGAAGGUUUCCACAAGUAGCUGGCAUUUCUUUUGCAUUUGAUCCAAAAAAAAAACCAUUCAAAAGAAUUGAUCCGACGUUAGUAUUUGUUGCUGAUGAGUCCAUAAAUUUAAGUCAAACGUAUAAGACCUGCAUCAAAAGUUACAUGUACUGCGGCUGUGAUGGAUACACUAUGUUCAAAAACGCUACGGUUUUACUAGAUGAGGAUCUUGCUCCAGAAUUAGGAAUGGCAAUACAAAAUCACUUUGCAGCUAUCGAUACGAGAAUGGGUAAAGGUAGACAUACAAAACAUAGACAAUCUUUAGUAACAUUAUCUAGAAGACAUAGCAUGAUUCAAAUGUUGGAAAAUUUGGAAUUGGAUGGACCUUCGCCUAUUAGAAAAUUGUCAUUUUCACAUACUUCACAUAAUUCAAAAUCAAUAGACAGUGGAUCCAACAGCACGACAAGACCUAAACUACUGAGAAGAGCUUCUCUUGAUGAUCUAGAACAAGAAAGUUGUCAGUUGGCACCUAAAAUGCAACACAGAAUAACCAUCAUCAGAGAUGAGGAACAUUACAGGGAACUACUUUUGAGGAAAGAAUCUGCUUUGAAAACUUCAGUCAUUGCGGAAGAAGAUGAAUAAUUGCAGUUUACAGGUGAAUAAUUGCAGUUCAGUUAUCUGUAUUUAGUUCGAAUGUUAAAAUAAUUAAAAUUUAUAAAUUAUUAGCUCAAAUACAUAUUUAUAUAAUAAUAAUAACUAAAAAUGCAAUAAAUUAAUUUUUUACGCUUG